AUGAGGGUGAAAGUUGACCAUUGGGACAUUUCUGUCCUUGUUGUUUAUUUGGUAGCUUUGCUGUCAGCUGGAUUUUAUUCUCUAUUUACUAAUCGACGUGGAACUAUUACUGACUACUUUCUAGCUGGACGAUUUUUCACGUGGCUUCCGAUUGGCGCCUCUUUAUUUGCUACUAAUGUUGGUAGUGAGCAUUUUAUUGGAUUGGCUGGUUCUGGAGCAGCAUCAGGGAUAGCUGUUGGGGCAUUCGAAUUGAAUGCUUCAGUCAUAUUGCAACUACUGGGUUGGAUUUUUCUUCCCGUUUAUAUUGCUAGUGGAGUCAGUACUCUUCCCGAAUAUAUGAAAAAACGUUUUGGUGGAAACCGCAUCCAAAUGUAUCUGGCUGUUAUUUCUUUACUGCUGUACAUUUUUACUAAAAUUUCCGUGAAUUUAUACUCUGGCUCUCUGUUUCUAGCAGAAGCCUUAGAAUGGAAUACAUGGUUAUCAAUUAUUAUACUUCUCAGUAUUACAACGCUUAUUACAGUAACAGGUGGACUUGCUGCUGUUUUGUAUACUGACACCCUUCAGUUUUUCGUCAUGAUCUUUGGUGCCACUGUGCUAACGAUAUUAAGUUUUAUCAAAGUUGGCGGUUUUCAAGGACUCCUUGGUGCAUAUGGAGGAGCCAUAGCCGAAGUUAACAUAUCGUCUAGGGAAGGCGAAAACUUAUUAAAUACAAUGAUAUUGGCAGUCAAGGAGAAAAAUAUAACAUCAUUACUCGAGUUAUCUAGUGAACCGACAAUUGAUUCUCGUUUAAGAUGCAGUCUCCCCUCUCGAAAAGCGUUUAGGUUAUUAAGAGAGAUAAAUGAUCCAGACAUGCCAUGGCUUGGUUUCUUGCUUGGACAAACUCCUUCUUCUAUUUGGUAUUGGUGUGCUGAUCAGAUGAUGGUUCAGCGUACAUUGGCAGCAAAGAGUUUAUCGCAUGCACAAGGUGCAACAUUAAUGACUGGAUUAAUAAAACAAAUUCCAAUUUUUAUUAUGGUUAUUCCAGGAAUGAUAAGCCGCGUAUUAUAUCCAAAUGAGAUUGGCUGCUUCCCUGGUUCUGAUUGCCUUAAAGUUUGUGGACAUCGUAAUGGUUGUUCAAAUAUGGCAUAUCCAAAACUUGUGAUUGAUCUAAUGCCUUCUGGUCUCAGAGGUUUAAUGUUAACUGUAAUGCUUGCAGCUUUAAUUUCCGAUUUAACAUCAAUUUUUAAUUCUUCAAGUACAUUAUUUACUGUGGAUAUAUAUCAAAAAUGGCGAAAAAAUGCUCAAAAUAUUGAAUUGAUGAUUGUCGGUCGUGUGUUUAUCGCAGUACUAGUCGGGUUAAGUGUUGCAUGGAUUCCAAUAAUGCAACAGUCUCAAGGAAGUGAACUGUAUAUCUAUAUUCAAGCGAUUGCUGCCUACCUUACACCACCUAUAGCAUCAGUGUUUUUAUGCGCUAUACUAUGGAAACGGUGUAGUGAAAAGGGCGCUUUUUUCGGUCUCAUUUACGGACUAAUCAUUGGUUUUCUUCGAAUGAUUCUUACGUUUGUUUAUACUGAUCCAAUCUGUGGUGAAGAGGAUAUACGACCGUGGAUUAUUAAAAAGAUUCACUAUAUGUAUUUUGCUAUGUUUUCAUUUGGAUCUACAAUUAUUUUAGUUGUAAUUGUUUCACUCUUUAGUGAAUCACCAACACAAAGUCAAUUACAUCGAUUAACAUAUUGGACAGCUUGGGAUUCAAACAAGGAAGACUUUGAUAAACAAAUGAAUCAUCCAUCCCUUUCUAUUAACUCUCAAUUACAUAUUGACGAUAAUGUCUUAACUGUACAGGAAAAUGAGUCUAAAUCCGAUUAUGUAUCAGAAUUAGACAUCAAUAUCAAUAAACCGAAAUCAAUUCAUCUAUUCAAAUCUAUUUGUUUAUGGUUAUGUGGUCUAGGUAAUUCACCUUGUACAAAAUGUUCCAAAAUAUUUAAUAAACAACAACAACAAGAAGAUACUACUCAAAUGAGAUUGAAUAAAAUUACUAAUCUUAAUCAAAAUUCUUUAGCUAAAUUUUGUUUAAAAAUUGGUUUAAUUAUAAUUAUCUGUUUAACUAUAUUUGCUUAUUUAUUUUAUUCAUUAUAUUUUAAUGAUAUCAUAAUAGGUCCAUUACCAUUGAUAGGUAAUAAAACUUUAAUUAAUCAACAUUAUUUAAAACAUAUUACUUAUUUACAAAAUAAUAAUAUGAUAACAUUUCGAAAAAAAUAA